AUGGCGGAGGCCGAGUCGGACGACUCUCGCCACCGUGCCAAGGUGUACUGCCUCAACAGCAACGGCCAGUGGGACGAUCGGGGGACCGGCCACGCGGCAGUGCAAUACUCGCCGGAGGACGAGGCGGCCUUUGUCGUCGUCGUCAGCGAGGAUGACGGCAGCCAGGUGCUGCUGCAGGCGCGGGUGCACAUGGAGGACAUCUACCAGCGGCAGCAAGGCGCGGCCCUCUCGUGCCGGCGCCGGCGCACCCUCCCCCUAUGCACCGACCGCGUGCCCUCUGCCUGCGCCGCAGAGACGAUUGUCUCCUGGAACGAGCCAGAGACGGGCGUGGACUACGCGCUGAGCUUUCAAGACGCGGAGGGUUGCACGGACCUCUGGGAGCAAAUCUGCUCGCUGCAGGGCCGUGAGCCGGACGGCGCGGGCGGCACGAGCGACGCCGAAGGGGCGAGCAGCACGGCGGGCAGCGCCGGCGCCGACACAGCGCUGCAGCUGCCGGCUGCCGAGCUGCGCAAUGUCGCAGCAAUCGCCGACCUUCUAAGCGAGGUGCCGCCGUUCCGGCGAGCGCGCCUCGUUGAGUUGCUGCUGCAGUCGGACUACGUGCCGCAGCUGAUCGCCUUCAGCAACAACAUGCAGAUCGUCUCGUCGCUCGCAAACGACGAGACCUUCCUGCAGUCGCUCCGCGACAAGCUCGCCGACCCCAGCCUCUCCUCCGAGGCGCUGCACGACGCGCUGCGGCUCCUGCAGGAGCUGACGACCAUCGCCAAGCAGCUGCAGCUGUACAACCGCUCGACCUUCUACCGGAAGUUUGUGCUGCUCGCCUCGACGCAGCACGAGCCGGCGCUGCUGCGCACUUGCAUCCUCUCGCAGCGGCCCGGCUACGAGCUCUGCCACGCGCUGAUUGGCGUGCUCGUCUCGCCGGGCGGCACUGGCGAGAAGCCGCAGGCCUCGGAGGUGCUGCGCGCGCUGCUCGACCCAGACGCGAUGGAGGGGCGCGAACGCGACGAGUUCCUCAACCUGUUCUACGACGAGUUCGUGGACAAGAUUGCGCAGCCCGUCGCCGGCAAGGUGUCCGCCGGCACGGGGCCGCUCAACGGGCCGACGAAUGGGACGUCGGGCGCGCGCGGCGGCGAGGGAGGGGCGGGGAGCGCGGAGGGGGACGACCCGGCGGAGGAGGCGGCGGGCGACGUGCUCUCGGCGCGGCAGCACGUGUGCGAGCUGCUGUGCUUCUUUGUGACGCGGCACACGUACCGAAUCAAGUACUUCAUCCUGCGCAACAACGUGCUCUGCCGCGUGCUGCGGCUGGCAAAGGUACGCGACAAGGGGCUCGUGCUGGCGGCGAUCCGGUUCUUCCGCACGUGCAUCGGGCUGAAGGACGAGUUCUACAACCGGUACAUCGUCAAGAACCGCUGCUUCGAGCCGGUGGUCGCGCAGCUGCUCGCCAACCUCGGCCGUGACAACCUGGUCCACUCGGCCAUCCUCGAGCUGCUUGAGUUUGUGCGGCGCGAGAAUGUGCGCUCGCUCGUAGCCCACCUGGCCGACGCGUACGGCGAGCGGUUCCGGACGCUCAAGCACGUUGAGCCCGACAACACUCAAACGCUCUGCAAGCCGCGGGCGGCUCCAACUGUCAAUGUCGUCUCGCAUUACCGGUCACCAUGGCUGCAUCAGAGCUGCUUUGUCGUGCGCACUCGAGCAGCGCUGCGACGCUUUCUUAAUGCCCGCAACCCACUGUAA